GGAGGAGAGGAGGGGGGGGAAAAAAUAACAACAAGAGCGAGGGAUUAGGCAUCGACCGAGCAAUCAGGAAGUCCAUUUAGGACAAAGCGGCGUUAAAAAAUCCUCCCAGAUUUUAGCCGCGAUCGUCAGAGCUGAGCUGCCAGUCCGAUUGGACAGCUGCUCAAGAUCUGUUGGGGAGGGGAAAAAAAUAGAAGCACACAAAGGAAGGAUGAAAUGAGACAGGUGAAAAUGAAACGGCGUGCUGUGAUAUUUCACUGCUGGCAAUGAGUGAGAGGAGGUAAGCUGGUCGGUGUGAUGCCCGGGGCGCUGAAAUUGCAACAGAGAGAGAGAGAGAGGGACAUUGCUGGAUAUGAAGAGCAUGCGUCAGCACUAAAGCAGGGUGAACAAGAGCGGUCGGAGAGACAGCAGAGAUGAGCGAGGUGGAGAGCGAGGUAGAGCGAGAGACAGAUUGAGGGUAGAGGUUAUUACCGUGGCGUGAGAUGGGACGACAGAAAUAGAGCCUGCCGGAUUUGUCACCUCCAGUGCCACACCUUGGCUGCAUCAUCCCCAACGCUCCAUCCCGGCAGCAUCGGCAUCCGCACAUGGGAUUUCCUUGUCUAGGAGGACAACAACGCCCAGUAAAUUUAAUUUGGAACGACCAGUUUGAACACCUCGGAUGCUGUCUGAAGAUUUAAGCCACUGGCAUGUGAAAAGAACAAACUGUACCGUCUUUUAAAGAAGUGGAUUGUCUUGUGUUUUUAUUCAGAAGAGGAGGAAGAAUCACUGCCUGCACACAACAAUGAAGAAAUAGGGACUAUGUUCAUUCUGCAUCAAGAAUUACUCUCUGAAGCCUGCCAGAGGAAUGCAUUACUAAAAGCUGUUUCCAUUAAGAUAAGCACCUGUGUUUUUACAGUCAGUGAACACAGCACUCACUGUGUGGACAUGAGGAACUCAAUGUCCGGCUAUUUUCAAGGAAAGCUGACUCAACCUAAAUGAGGAAGACAAUGAAGGUGCGAGUACUGGAGGUCUACAGCGGCAGCAUAGUUAGAAAUAUUGUGCUCUGCUGUAUGAAAUAAUGAAGUGCUGUACUGUGAAUGACAUGCAGAUUACUGUACUUGUCUUCCUAAUGACAGCUCAGACCUGGAAGCUGGCUGACUGACUGACUAAGCGCGUGGGUUGCUCAUUGACUGGAGCUGUGGCUAUUUGAGGACUUUGAGGACACGUAACCCUGGGGCAGGUAGCGGCCGGGUGUUGGGAGCCUCACCAUGGGGGAGACGGCAGAUUACCAGAGGCUGCAGGACACGUCAGAGUCUGACUACCAACGCCUGCCCAGCGAUGACGAAGAGAAACUGGGCAGUAGCAUGCAGUGUGAGGAAGGCACAGAAUGGCUGCUGGAGCUGCUGAUGGAGGUGCAGCUGCAGCAGUACUUGCUGCGGAUCCGAGACGACCUCAACGUCACGCGGCUGUCACACUUCGACUACGUCAAGAACGAAGACCUGGAGAAGAUCGGCAUGGGUCGACCUGGACAGAGACGUCUGUGGGAGGCUGUGAAAAGGAGGAAAGCCAUGUGCAAGCGCAAGUCCUGGAUGAGCAAGGUGUUUAGCGGUAAGCGCCCAGAUGGAGGAGACUUCCCUCAGCAGGGCCAGCCGGCCUCCUCCUUUCGUAAGCUGUCUCCCACACCUCCGCUGGGCCUGGCGGAGGGAGUCCUGACCACGCAGCCCGGUGGUGGUGCCCCUCUAGACGUGCAGCAGCAGGCUCUGACCUGCCUCAUCCCAGAGAAGGACCUGACGCUGUUUGAGAAGCUGGGGGACGGCUCCUUCGGUGUAGUGAAGAGAGGGGAGUGGUUGACGCCUGCAGGGAAGGUGCUGAACGUAGCUGUGAAGUGUCUGAAGACAGAUGUGCUCAACCAGCCCGAUGCUCUGGAGGAUUUCAUCUGUGAGGUCAACGCCAUGCACUCCCUGGACCACCAGAACCUCAUUCGCCUCUACGGUGUGGUGCUCACACACCCAAUGAAGAUGGUGACCGAGCUGGCUCCUCUGGGCUCAAUGCUGGAGCGUUUGCGAUGUGUUCGUCCACAGGGCCCGGUGUUGAUCCACACGCUUUGUCAGUACGCCGUACAGGUGGCCUGUGGCAUGGCCUAUCUGGAGCAGAGGAGGUUCAUCCACCGGGACUUGGCAGCCAGGAACAUCCUGCUGGCCUCGGCUCACAGAGUGAAGAUCGGUGACUUUGGCCUGAUGAGGGCUCUGCCCAACAACGAUGAGCACUACGUCAUGCAGGAGCAUCGAAAGGUCCCCUUUGCAUGGUGCGCCCCAGAGAGUCUGAAGACCAGGACGUUCUCCCAUGCUACAGACACGUGGAUGUUUGGAGUCACUCUCUGGGAGAUGUUCACACACGGCCAGGAGCCUUGGCUGGGCCUCAAUGGGAGCCAGAUCCUGCACAAGAUUGAUAAAGAAGGUGAACGCCUCCUUAAGCCGGAAGACUGUCCGCAGGAUAUCUAUCAUGUGGUGCUGCAGUGUUGGGCUCAGAAACCAGAUGACAGACCCACCUUUGUCGCCCUGCGUGAGUUCCUGCUUGAGACCAUGCCCACAGACAUGUGUGCUCUGCAGGACUUUGACGAGCCAGACAAACUCCAGAUACAGCUCAAUGAUGUCAUCACCAUCAUAGAGGGGAGGGCAGAGAACUACUGGUGGCGAGGCCAAAACAAGCGGACCCUUAAGGUCGGACCGUUCCCCAGAAACGUGGUGACAUCAGUAGCGGGUUUGUCAGCUCAUGACAUCAGCCGGCCGCUCAAGAACAGCUUCAUCCACACGGGACACGGAGACAUCAACCCUGUUCGCUGCUGGGGCUUCCCCGACAGGAUUGACGAUUUGUACCUCGGUAAUCCCAUGGAUCCUCCCGAUGUCCUUGGUGUUGACCUCAGUGGUGCUCGGCUCGGGCAGCUACCGGGACGAGCUAGAAAGGAGCCUCCUCCCCGCCCUCCUCAACCAGCAGUGUUAAUCAAGAGUAAGUCUGGUUUCUCUCAGCAGCUCCUCACCCAUUGCUCCUGCCCUCUCUGUUCCCUCCUAGCUCCACUCCUCAAAGAGCCUUGCUAUGAUCCAGUUAACGAUGAUGAGGAUCUGACUCCGGCGGGACUGAAGAGAUUAUCGCUUCGGAAAACGGGUUCUAUCAAAGGCUUAAAACUGAAACCUGCUGCGUGGGUCUCUGCUUCCAAACAGGGGGUCGGUCGGACUCCAGGCUCAGGCCACAACCCCAACAGCGAAGUGUCCCUCAUUGACUUUGGGGAGGAGUUCCCCCCGCCCACACCGUCCCCCUCCCCUGUGGUUGAAAUUCAGAUUCCUUCACUGGCAAAGCUAGCUUUGGAGGCAGAUAACAUCCUGGACCAGACUCCGCCUCAAAGUCCGUCUAGAUCGUUGCCCCGCCCCCUUCACCCUACACCAGUAGUGGACUGGGAUGCCCGGCCAUUACCCCCGCCCCCGGCCUAUGACGCUGUAGCCCAAGACGAAGACGAUAUGGAGGUGAGCUCCAUCAACAGUUUGGAGCAGCAGCAUGAGGAGGAGCAGAGUGAAGUCCAUAACCCAGAUGAGGGUCUCUUCUCUGGACAGAAGGUGGAAGGUGAGGCUCUUGUCUCCAGGGUUACAGACAGAUCAGGUCUGGAGGACAACCUGUUUCUCCCCAGCAAGCAGAGCCAGGUUCUGUCCUCCUCCUUCUCCCAGUCAGCAGAGAUCUUCCAAGAACUCCAGCAGGAGUGCAUGAGGAGGCUAAACGUACCGACUGGGAGUGCUGCGCGAUCAAGCUCGCCGUCCCCGUGUCCACAGACCCAGAAGGGACACCAGCAGAGUGUCCUCUCCUCCAAUGAGGACAAACCCCAGAUUCCCCCACGUGUCCCCAUACCCCCUCGCCCCAUAAAGAGGGGCGACUACACAUCCGCUCGCUGGUCAAGGGAUCUCUCCCUGUCACCGACGCCAGCCGACACCACAGAGGACGUUUCGGGCCCAGGCCAGGAACGACCACCUCAAAUCCCUCCCAGGGACCCUUUGUCCCAACCGGGCUCCAGGACUCCCAGCCCCAUGGGCCUGGUGGUGGGCUCCCCCCAACAGAGAGUCUACUCUGUCAGCCCCACCACCAUGCCGGCUCCCCUUACCUCCUGUCCCUCCGCACACACCUACGGCUCCUACCUCUCCACCUCUCCAGGUAAACUCAUGCCUACCACGCACAGCUUCGCCUCAGAUCCUAAAUAUGCUGCACCCAAAGUGAUCCAGGCUCAGGCGCAGGGGAAAGACUCAGUCAGCAAGGGCCCCUGUAUCCUCCCCAUCGUCCGCGACGGACGUAAAGUCAGUAACACCCACUAUUACCUUCUACCGGAGAGGCCCCCGUACCUCGACCGCUACGACCGCUUCUUCAAGGAGGCGGAGAGCCUGCCUGCCGGCGGCGUGGAGGAAAGACACGUACGGCAAGCUAACACCGCCACGGUCAGACCCAUGGUGGUCAGCAACCAGACUCUCCAAGGACACGCCCAGGGACAGGGGCUUGUCCAGCCAGGCGAGCUGAAGGCUAAUUUCUCCUCCAACAAUAACAGCAGUCUGGGUGGGCCACGGUCAGCGAUGAAGACAUCAGUUAGUCUCCCUCGCGUCUGUUCAGACGGGCUGACAGCAGCGGUGGUCACCGCUUCCUGCAUCAGGACAGACGGAGGAGGGAACUCAGCUGACAGGGUCAAAAUGGUGCAGGAGGCAGUUCACGGUGUCACGAUAGAGGAGUGCCAAGCCGCCCUCCAGAACCACAACUGGAACAUCCAGAAAUCUGUGCAUCAUCUAAAGGUGGAGCAGUUGUUCUGUUUGGGUCUGAGGAGCAGGCCGGAGUGUCUAAAGCUGCUGGAGAUGUGUGACUGGAACCUGGAGGUGGCCAGCACUCAUAUGUUGGACAACUAUGGAUCCACAACAAGACAGAGACGGUGACAGAGAUCUCAAGCUGCCGAGCUCUGAUUGGAACUUCAUCCUCAGUAAAACAUCACCAGAGGUUGAAUCUGCCUUUGCCCCUUCCCAUUUUGAUGCUUCAGACACACCUCUAAAUCAAAAGACUGUUAUUGAACUAUAGAAGAGUCGAGCACAUUUUCACUGAACUAGCACAAAAUACCAAACUUUAAUAUGGCUCCAUUCAUACUUAACAUGGACAAAGGAAUUUAGCCUGGGGUUAAAGAAGAAGACUUUGGUCUGAAAGAAAUGUGAUUGUUGCACUUAUUAUUGUAGACAGCCAUCUAUGACCUUUUCUAAGUUGUUCAGACACAAAAAUGACACUGUACUUCAGUUCAAUUUCAUUUGAUCUGCCUGAAAUGUGUCACCCUAACUUGUUCCCUAUAGAGUCACAGAUCCUGGGUGUUACCAGACUGUGUCAGAUCCACUUACUGGUAUCCUCACUGUCACUAUUACACUGCUCUUUUUGUUAAUGUCAUUUAAAAGCCAGUUUGAAAGUGAAUCUGAAGAGGCCAAAAUGGGUUAAAUAGCACAAUAUACACAGUGGCACUUCUUAAAAUAAAAAAAUGGUAAAGUAUGGACCUUUUUGUCAGACAAUGCCAAGAACUAGUACCUAAUUUAGUGAACAGUGUCAGGAUUUACCCAAAACACUGUAUAGUGUAUACAGAUUUGACCUCUACCAGGUAAAAGCACAGCAAAAUACAAAACUAAUUGGACCAUUUACAAUUAUAAAGAGGGGUGUGGAUAUGAUUAUGAAAACUAUUUGCUGCUGAAAGACUGGAGUCGAGGAAAAAUGUGCAGAAAAAAUACUACUGCAAAACAAACAUUUAGACUUCUCUGCAAUAAAUAAAAGCUCAUAUCCUCAAGAAUUUGCAUAAUAAUAAUUUAGUAUUGACGCAGUGCUGCUAGUCGUCAAAUGUGAAACCAGCCCACUGUUGACCAGAAUCUAAACAAUUAAUGGAAAUAGAAGAUUCACUUCUUUCAAAGAGCCACAAAACUGUUUAAUAUAUAUUAAAAGAGUAUACGCAAUAUACUCUUUUUAAAAGAGACAUUUAUGUUUGUUUACAACAUAUUGAUAUUUUAAUAUAUUUUGAACACAAUGCUCAGAGCCAAGAGAAGACUGUUAUGUCUGUUACUGGGCAAGCCAUUUUAUUAAUUAUUUAAAUGCGUCUUUCCUUGAGUUAAACACUGAUUACGACUAUGUGGCUUCAGAACAAAAAGCCCACACAGUCAGCGGGCGCUUCUUUCUACCACAUAUAGUCUUUCCUUAUUCCUUCCCUCUGCAGACAUAACUCCUGCGCCUCAGCUGAAAACUCCUGCCAGCUGGGUAUUUUCUGCAGACUACGUUGGCAGCUAAUAACAGCAACGCUGUGAAAUUUACCCCAAGGCACAGAUCCUGUCCCAUAAUCAUCACUUAAAACCUCAACUGUGAUAUUUUGGUCAGCAGCUUUGGGGGGCAAUAAUUUAAAAACGGGAGGACGUGUCAGCUCUGUGUGAACUCGCUGCUGGGCACUACAAUACAUUUUUCUGACUGGGCAUUGUCACAGUAGAGCCCUCGGCAAUGAACAUAGAAACCUUUUGGGCCUGUUAGAUGCACUUAGUAUGUGAGGACUCCACUAAAAGGAAGGGAAAUAAAAGGCAUUUCACAUGCUUCUAAAAUUCACUUUUCUGUGUCGAAAAACGUUCUGCUUUACAGGCAUUUUAUGGUCAACACAUUAUCCUUUGGUGCUAUAGAAAAAACAAAACUCUUUGCCAACUGGUACCCAACUAUUUAAAUUACAAUAUAAAUGGUUGUCCACAUGGAGACACUGGCUUUGCCCCUCCAUAUGUCCACAAAAAAACCCCAGUAUGUGACAGGUCUGAGCACAAUCUGUUUGGGAAGAAGCUUCGAAUGGCAAAACCUGAUAAGGCUAAAAUGUAACCAACAAGCCUGGUCAAAUUAGGAUGCUUUGAAUUUGGAAUAUAGUUCUUAAGGAUGUACAGGACUGAUUUUGGAUAACAAGCUAACUCCUGUGUGCAAUAAGGCUGCUGUAGAACCUGUAACCUCCCAGUCUGUCCAUCCAUCAGUGCCAUCCAGAUGUGUAAAAAGACGUCAUGAUGUAUCCUAGUAAUUGAAUGCACAGAAAACACUGUUUUCAGUACGAGUGUUUGGUGACUCAGUUUUCCUCCCCAGAGUACGAUGAAGUUGUCCUUAAACACUGUGUUGUGGUAAAGCUGAUUGUUAACAAAUUGCGUAAGGACAACUUCAUGAGGGCUGCCUCCACAGUCUGUUCAUGUGUUGUUUGACUUUUUACCAAGCUGCUGUAGUUGUAUUGAAGGACUGAAGUGAACCUUGUGGUGUUAUGAUCAACCCAAAGCAACAUUAUCCCGUUGUGGUGUUGAGACUCUGAUGUUAGAAAAACCUCUGUUUAGUCUUUGUUUGCCAGAUCAGUUUCUUUAGAAACGGUGUGCUAUUUUUAGUCAUUCAUAUUGUUUUUUGCUGUUUUUCCAACUUGCCAUUUUCCUCUUCAUUUGUAUGAAAUGCCUUUUUCAUUGUUUCUCCCUUCCUGGGUUGAUGGAAAUGUUCAAGAGUUCAUGCUGCCGAAUUUAUAAAUGUAUUUUUUAUUAAAGAAUUAAUUAUUUUUUA